AUGCAGGGUUUGGGGGGAGGGGGGUGUGAUUCCAAGCCCACACUCUUCAGCUUUCUCAGUCACCCAUCCAGGAAACCAGCUGAGCUGCAGUCUCACCCUCAACCUGCCCCUCCCAGCCCUGCUCAGCCCCCUGCACCUACCUGGUCCCCAGGGGUCAGGCACAACCAGCCCAGACAGUUCCCCAUGAUGGGACAGGCAAGCUCGCUCAGGCUCAGUCCUUGCCGCUCCUUCUUCACUUGCCAGUGCCCUCAGCCUGGGCUCCUCACCCUGGCCAAGCACGGCCCGCCGCUAGGCAGCCUCCUGGGCCACAGCCCCUUGGGUGUCCACACCCAAGCUGCUGCCCCUAAAAGCCACUUAGGCUGCAGCAGCAAGGCUGCUCCCCCACCCCCACCUCUGAGUUCCUUGCUCAUGCUGCUGUAG